AUGUCACGGGUCGCACAGCUAGGCUCGCGUUAUAAAUCAGGCAACCUUCUCUUGCCUCGCUGUACGAUAGCGAUAUGGAUCUCUUCGCUUUGCUAUGAUGCCACCUAUGAUGCAAACUGCAUUCGGGAUGUCGUCGAUGAUUAUAUCAGAGAACAAAAGGAACAGUUUAAGUUGCUUGGAGAAGAAAGUACAUUUACUGAGAGCCAGUUCGCAAAAACCCUGUCUGAUCUUAUUAUUGCUGGCAUCGAGACCUUCAGCACCACCUUUGACUGGUUCGCAUUCUACAUGGCUAUGUGUCCCGAUGUUCAGAGCAAGGUGCGUACAGAGAUUGAUGAGGUAAUCGGGACAAGGCUGCCAACUUACGAAGAUCGUCUGAAGAUGCCCUACACAGAGGCUACCUGUAUAGGGCUGCAGAGGAUUGGGAAUAUUGGGCAUGGCCUUGUUCUUCGCACGGUCACCAAAGAUAUUGAACUUGAAGGAUACAACAUUCCGGCAGGGUCGGCUCUGAUAGUCAAUGUGUACACUAUGCAGAUUGACGAAGGAUAUUGGAAGAACCCCGAUGAGCUUAAUCCGGACAGAUUUCUUGAUGGUAGCGGUAACGUCAUCGUGAAACCAGGCUCGUUCAUGGCAUUUUUGUUGGGUCGCAGAAACUGCAUCGGCGAAUCACUAGGUUGA